AUGGCCUCAAUUGAUUACUUUGAGUUUUUUGUUGCAAUAUUUUGCUUUUUUGUAUUUUUGGCUUUAGGUGAUAGAAGUGGCUUACCAUGGAAUUGGCCAUUUCUUGGAAUGUUACCAAACUUACUUUUCAAUGUAAAUAGAAUACAUGAAAGAUGUUGUGAAAUUUUUUCAAGAAGUGGUGGAACUUUCUUGCUAGAAGGUCCAUGGUUCACUAACAUGGACAUUCUUGGGACAGUGGAUCCUGAAAAUGUUCACUACAUCAUGAGCGCGAACUUCGCGAAUUUCCCUAAAGGGGAAGAGUUUAAGAAGAUAUUUGAUGUAUUGGGAGAUGGCAUUUUCAAUUCUGAUUUGGAUUUAUGGAAGGGACAGAGGAAAUAUGCUAGGAGUUUGAUCACUCAUCAAAGGUUUUAUAAUUGUUUGGUGAAAUCUAGUUGGGACAAGAUUGAAAAUGGACUUGUUCCUGUUUUUGAAAAUGUGGCUAGAGAUGAUAGAGUUGUGGAUUUGCAAGAUGUUUUUCAAAGAUAUACAUUUGAUACAACAUGUAUAUUGGUUACAGGGUAUGAUCCUGGAUGUCUCUCAAUCGAAUUCCCUCGUGUUCCCUUCUCUAGAGCUAUGGAUGAGGUAGAAGAAGUGUUGUUCAUUAGACAUUUGUUGCCAAAGAGUGUUUGGAAGUUGCAAAAAUGGCUAGGGAUUGGGUAUGAAGGUAAGUUAACUAGAGCAUGGGAUGUUCUUGAUCAAGUUAUAAGCAAGUAUAUAUCGAUGAAACGCGAUGAAUUAAGUAAUUUUGCAACAAAAACAAAGGAAGAUGAAGAAGAGGAUUGUGAUGAUCUCUUGACCUCAUACAUAUUAAAUGAAGGACAAAAUUUUGAUGAUAAGUUCUUGAGGGAUACCAUAUUGAACCUCAUGAUUGCAGGGCGUGAUACGACUAGCUCAGGACUAACAUGGUUCAUUUGGCUAGUCGCGACUCACCCUGAGGUUGAAAAAAAGAUCAUGGAAGAACUCGAGGCAAUUGUCUCCUUGACAUCAUCAUCAUCAUCAUCAAAAUGGAGGCUUUUUAACGCGAACGAGUUGAAAAAUGCAAUUUACUUGCAUGCAUCAUUGUGUGAAUCACUAAGGCUAUAUCCACCAGUACCAUUCCAACAUAAGACUCCUCUAGAACCUGAUACUCUUCCAAGUGGACACCAGGUUCAUCCUAAAAUGAGAGUGGUGUUCUCAUUGUACGCGAUGGGGAGGAUGGAAUCGAUAUGGGGAAAAGAUUGUUUGGAAUUUAAGCCAGAGAGAUGGAUAUCUGAGAAAGGAUUAAUUAGGCACGAGCCUUCGUACAAGUUCUUAGCUUUCAAUGCAGGGCCAAGGACUUGUUUAGGGAAAGAAGUAGCUUUCACUCAAAUGAAAGCUGUGGCUGCUUCUAUCAUACAUAAUUAUAAAGUUGAAGUGAUCAAUGGACACAAAGUUUGCCCUAAUGUCUCAAUUAUUCUCUAUAUGCAACAUGGUUUCAAAGCUAGAAUCAAGAAGAGAUGGACUUAAUUAGUUUUUACAUUUCUACU